AAAACUGUUCGUUGAGUGAUAGUGCAGUAGAGAAGGUUUCCAUGGCAUCUGGACUAGACAUGAUGGCCCCUAUUUGUCUGGUGGAAAACAAAAAUGAAAAAUUAUUUGUGAAUCAGGAAGCUCUAAAGAUCCUAGAGAAGAUUUCUAAGCCGGUGGUGGUGGUGGCCAUUGUAGGACUGUAUCGUACAGGCAAAUCUUACUUGAUGAACUGUCUUGCAGGAAAAAAGCAUGGUUUUCCUCUGGGCUCAACAGUGCAAUCUAAAACCAAGGGCAUUUGGAUGUGGUGCCUUCCCCAUCCUACCAAGCCAGAUCAAGUACUAGUACUUUUGGAUACUGAGGGCUUGGGUGAUGUGGAAAAGGGUGACCCUAAGAAUGACUCGUGGAUCUUUGCCCUGGCUGUGCUUCUCUGUAGCAGUUUUAUCUAUAACAGCAUAGGAACCAUCAACCAUCAGGCCCUGGAGCAGCUGCAUUAUGUGACAGAGCUCACAGAACUCAUUAAGACAAAGGCUUCCCCUUGUCCCGAUGGAGUAGAAGAUUCGGUAGAUUUUGUGGGCUUCUUUCCAGACUUUAUCUGGGCUGUCCGUGAUUUCACUCUGGAACUGAAGAUAGAUGGUCGCUCUGUCACAGAAGAUGACUACCUGGAAAAUGCUUUGAAACUGAGUCAAAGCAAAAAUCCCAAAAUGCAAACCUCCAAUGUUUCCAGAGAAAGCAUCAGGCAUUUCUUUCCAAAACGCAAGUGUUUUGUCUUUGAUCGGCCAAUACAUGACAAAAAUCUUCUAGCCAAUAUUGAGAAUGUGCCGGAAAAUCAACUGGAUCUCCAAUUUCAGGAGCAAACAAAAAAAUUCUGUUCAUAUAUAUUCACCAAUGCAAAAAUCAAGACUCUCAAAGAGGGAUUCAUUGUUACCGGAAAACGUCUGGCUACUCUGGUGGUGACCUAUGUUGAUACUAUUAGCAGUGGAAAUGUUCCUUGUUUGGAGAAUGCAGUGACAACAUUAGCUCAGCUUGAGAACUCAGCUGCUAUGCAGAUGGCAUCUGAUUACUACAGUGAACAAAUGAUCCAGAAAGUAAAAUUUCCAACAGACACAAUUGAAGAGCUACUGGACGUGCACGCAGCCUGUGAGAAAGAGGCCAUUUCAAUUUUCAUGAAGAAUUCCUUCAAGGAUGAAAACCAAGAGUUUCAGAAGAAUCUUGUGAAAAUUAUAAAAGAAAAAAAGGAAGAAUUUUUGCUGAAGAACGAAGAGGCAUCUCUUAAGUGCUGCCAGGCUAUUCUUGAGCAGCUUUCAAAACCAUUGAUGGAAAGUGUUUCAGCAGGACUUUUCUCUGUUCCUGGAGGACACAAAUGCUACAUGGAAAUAAAGGAAAAAAUUAAGCAGGACUACCAGCAGGUUUCCAGGAAAGGAGUGAAGUCAAAUGAGGUCUUACAGAACUUCUUGCAGUCUCAGGCAGUAGUGGAGAAAUCCAUCCUGCAGCUAGACACAGCCCUCACUGAAGGAGAAAGGGCCUUAGCAGAGGAGAGGACCAAAAGGGAGGCAAUUGAGAAGGAGCAAGAGCUGUUAAAACAGAAACAGCAGGAGCAGCAGCAACGAAUAGAGGCAGAAAAGAGGAGUCUCCAAGAAAACAUAGAUCAACUGGAAAAGAAGCUCAUUAAAGAAAGAGAAAACCUUCUCGAAGAACAUAAGAGAAUAUUGGAUCAUAAACUGAAGGUCCAGGAAGAGAUGCUUACUGAAGGUUUCAGGAAAAGAGCUGAAGAUAUGAGUGCAGAGAUUAAUCAGUUGCAAAAAAGGGUUAAAGACACUGAGGAUAAUAGUCCAUGGCUUGUUAAAGUCUUGAAGAAUGUUGCUAGUGACCUCAUUUCAACCGUGUUUACUCCUGUUAGGAUUGUGGAUAACAUAGUGAAAGGAGUAAGCUCACUAUUUAAAAGAUAAUAGAUUUUCUUUAAAAGGAAAUUCAGUAUGUGGUAAAUGCUUUGACUU